UCAGGGAUAGAAGGAUUGCUUUUGCCUUAGAAUCAAAAAUAAGAACAAGGAAAAAUAAAGACAAAAUAUGUUAACAAAAGUGGGUUUUCACAUCUUAAAGACAACUUCACAGUUCACACUUAUGUUUCCACUUGAGUCUCCAUGUGGAAGGUUCAGAGAAACAUCUUCAGUCUCUCCAUUUUCUUUAAAAAGCAGAUCCUAACGACAAUGAGCUCCAAGUGAUCCAAAGAGAAAGACCAAAACUGAGUAAGAAUAUGGUUAAUGUAGAACUCAUGUUCGAGGUCAGCUUCACUUUGGUGGCUCUUCUAUUGCUAUGUAUUCAGCCGGCAAUAGCAGCUCCUCCUUUGAACAGCAACUGCACAGAACGCUGUGGAAAUGUUAACAUUACAUAUCCCUUCGGAAUGGGGAAGAAGGAAUGCUAUUUAAACGAAUGGUUUGAGAUUGAGUGCAACAAAAGCGUCUACCCUCACAGACCAUUUCUAAGGAGAAUAAAAAUGGAGGUCCUCGAUAUUAGUGCCGGAGGCUCUGCCACCGUCAUAAGUCCGAUAGUGUCCUCCAACUGUUCCGGCUGGGAGGGCGAUGAGCCUAUCAACUUGACAGGAAGCCCAUUCUAUAUUUCCAACAGCAACUCAUUCAUUUCAGUAGGUUGCAACACCCGUGCGUUGUUGAUGGAUGAGCCGCUCCUACGUGUUGGGUGCGACUCAAGUGCUUGUAAUGGAACUGGUUGCUGCAAGAUUACAGUGCCUUCAACUGUUCAGGUUUUCAAUCCAAUUUUGAAUCAACACACUGGUGGUUGCGAGCUGGCGUUUCUGGCUGUUGACGGGGGACUACUCUAUCGUCCAGAAGUCAGCAAGUUCCCGAUGGUGCUGGAUUGGACGAUCAAUUCCACCCAAACGAAAGCUAUUGAUCGGGAAACCGCGAAUUGUUCCAGCUACCUAUAUGGCAAUGGUCCUGAAUUCCAGUGUUAUUGCAAUGAUGGAUACGAAGGAAAUCCUUACAUUGGAUGCACAGAUACUGAUGAAUGCAAAAGUCCAAAUUAUCAUUUUUGCCGGAGAUUCACAAAAUGCAUGAACACUAAGGGGUCUUAUAAAUGUGUGCCAGACCCAAAAUGGAUUAUCAUUAUUGUCCUCUGUGGGGUUAUUGGAGUUUUGGCAAUACCCUUAGGUUGUUGGAGGCUGUACAAGGUUUUAAGAAAACUAAGGGACAUCCAAUUGAAGAAGAAAUUCUUUAAACGCAAUGGCGGUUUAUUGUUAAAGCAACAGCUAAAUUCGAGUGAUGGUAGUGUUCAGAAAACAAAGAUCUUUAGUUCAAAGGAGCUGGAGAAGGCUACUGAUCGUUUUAGUGAGAACAGAAUACUUGGUCAGGGUGGGCAAGGCACAGUAUACAAGGGAAUGCUAACAGAUGGAAGAAUUGUUGCCAUCAAAAAGUCUAAAUUACUUGACGAGGAAAAGCUACAAGAAUUUAUCAAUGAGGUUGUGAUUCUUUCUCAAGUUAAUCACAGAAAUGUGGUUAGGCUAUUGGGAUGUUGCUUGGAGACUGAAGUUCCUUUGCUAGUCUAUGAAUUCAUCCCUAAUGGAUCUCUCUUCCAAUAUCUGCAUGACCAAAGUGAGGAAGCUCCAUUGCCAUGGGACAUGAGACUGCGUAUUGCUGGUGAAGUUGCCGGAGCACUUGCCUAUUUACACUCGGCAGCUUCUAUUCCUAUUUAUCAUCGUGACAUUAAGUCCACAAAUGUGCUCUUAGAUGAGAAAAAUAGAGCAAAAGUAUCAGACUUUGGAACUUCAAGAUCAAUUACCAUUGAUCAAACUCAUUUGACAACACGUGUGCAAGGCACUUUUGGUUAUUUAGAUCCAGAGUAUUAUCAAACCAGUCAGUUUACAGACAAGAGUGAUGUUUAUAGUUUUGGAGUAGUUCUUGUGGAGCUUUUAAGUGGAAAAAAACCAAUUUAUUCAAGAAGCUCAGAAGAAAUCAUGAGUUUAGCCAUGCAUUUUGUUGUUUUGAUGGAAGAGAAUAGACUCUUUGAUAUCAUUGAUGCCCGCAUUGUGGAGCACUGUGCUGAAGAAGAAAUCACUGAAGUUGCGAAUCUUGCAAAAAGAUGCUUAAAUUUGAAUGGAAAGAAACGACCUACGAUGAAAGAAGUUGCAGCGGAGCUAGACGGGAUACAAACAUCACGAAGUAAGCUGAACAUUGUUAAAAAAAAUAAUGAAGAGAUCGAAGACAAUCUAUCUGAUGAUGAUUCUAUUACAGAAAGCUAUGAGACUCAAGAAACCAUAUCUGAUGGCAUUGCUAUUGCAGUUUAGUUGUGAUUUUAGUAAACUAAUUAAACUCCAUCAAUAUUGGAGACCAAGAAGAUUUAGUAUCCAUCAAAACAUAUGUUUCAUGUUGUUUCUCGAAGUGUAUUAAGCAUUUUUUGCCUUUUUUUGUUUCCUCGUACCAAAGAUGUUGAUGAUUUC